AUGAGAGAUAAUAUCUUAUAUUUUGGAGUUCUAGAUUUUUUGUAAAAAUUACUUAAAAUAAUCGUAGAUCCAAUAUUGUAGAGAGAGAUAAUAGGAAUUUAAUUAUAAGAAUAUUUUGUAGAAAUAAAACUUAAAGGCAAUAGCACGUAGUUGUAUAUCUAAAAGCAAAAAGAGAGCACUACUUUCGAUUCUUCGUAAAUCUUGUCACGAGAUCAAUAGAAUGCAUAAUGA